AUGAGUAUAUGGAUGGAACUUAAAGAAGACGACUCAUUUAGUGGGUACGAGGCCCGGGCGGUGACCCUCCUGGAGGUGUGUGGCAGUUGGCCUGAGAGUUUUGGAAUCCCACGACACAAUCUGUGUUCAGCCGACAGCAGCGACGAAGGAUUGAGAGAGAGACUCGCCGACGCCAUGUCCGAGUCUCCGUCCAGAGACAUCACAGGCUCUGCUACAGAGCUGCAGAGAGAGGGCAGUAUAGAGACGCUCAGCAACAGUUCAGGUUCCACCAGUGGAUCUAUUCCACGAAACUUCGAAGGAUAUCGCUCUCCUCUGCCGACCAACGACAGCCAACCCCUGAGCCUGUUCCCCACCAACUUCCAAUGA